AAAUAAAUAAUUAUAGAAAAAAAAAUUAUUAGUGAAUUAUACGUCAAGGAACACGCAAGAAAAAAAAAAAAAGAAAGAGUUAUUUUGUGAAUUAAAAAGAAUAUUAAUUGAGAAUUUUAUUGAAGGCAGUUAAGACCUUAUUUAUUGAAUUAUUGGGAAGGCAAGUAAUAAGUCCUUAUACAUAUUGAAUUUAUUUAGGCUGAAAAAGUGCCAUAUUUUAAAAAGUUGAUGAAAGGAAUUAUUUUGGGGCGGAUUUGAGCCAUAUAUUGAUAAAUAAAAGUAUUGAAUUAUUUUAGGCUGAAAAAGUGCCAUAUUUUAAAAAUUGAUGAAAGGAAUUAUUUUGGGGCGGAUUUGAGCCAUAUAUAUUGUGAAUUAAAUAAUUGUGAAUUUUAUUGGGCCGAGUAGAGCCGUAUAUUGAAAAAUAAUUGUGAAUUUUAUUGGGCCAAAAAGAGCCGUAUUGUGAAAAAAUAAUUGUGAAUUUAUUUAGGCCGAGAAGAGCCGUAUUUAGCGAUUUUAAUAAUCGGAGAUUUUAUUAGGCAGAAAUAAGCCGUGUUAUAAUUAAAAGAUAAUUGUGAAUUUUAAUGGCGAGAAAGUCCUAUCGUGUGAAAAAAAAAUUACUUGACGUAUAUUGUGAAUUUUAGAGAGGAUAAAAAAAAAAAUCCUAGGAAAAAAAUAAUAUAAAAAAAUUAUAUAGAUAGAAAUAAUUGGGGGAAUAAUAAAAAUAUUACGAGAAUUUUAUAAUAAAAUAAUAUUGAUAAAUAUUUUAAAGAGAUUAAUGUUUGAUUAAUAAUUGAAAAAAAUAUAUAAUAAAAAAAAAUUAUUUUAAGAAAAUAAAGCGUAUUUAAUUUAAGUUAUAAUAAAUGAAUACACAAAUAAACGUAUGAAUAAGGAAAAAGAAGAAAAUAGUUAUAGUGAAAACGAUAGUAAUAGUUCGGAAGAGGAAACAGAUAUAACAAAAGAAAUCGGAACUCAGGUAGAGUUAAAUAAAAAUAUUGAAGUAAAUAAAUUAGUAAACAUAAGUAUAAAUACGAAAGAGGGUAGCGACUCUACACAGGGAAUUAAUAAGGAAAAAACAACAGGGAAAAGUUUGUUAGAUACUACUGUUAGAGAAGACUCAAAUACCGGAUUAGAACAAAGAUUAAUAGGGUUACGUAGUACACCAAAUUUAGUCCACUCAGAAUUAGGACCAGUAAAGAGGAAGCAAAGAACAAAAAUGUCUAGUGUGAAGGCUACAAUUGAGCAGGUCACUGCUAUGAUACCAAUUUGUGCCGAUGCAAAAGACGUUUGUUCGUUCAUACGGGCAUGCGAUUAUGCAUGUGAGGCCGUAGAUAAAGAAACUAUACCUUUAUUAGUGAAAUUUAUUAAUACUAGGAUUACUGGCAAGGCUUUAGAAGUAUGUCGGUAUAGGGAAACCAGUGAUUGGGAAACUAUAAAAAAAAUAUUAAGGGGGGCUUUUGAACAGCAAUUGUCACCACAAACAUUACAAAUAGGAUUAAAUUCAGUUCGUAUGAAAAAUGACGAAGAUGUAUUAACUUAUACGGGUCGCGUAGAACAGCUAUAUUAUAAUUUAUGUAAUGCAACAUUGGCAAAUAAAACGCCCGAAGAGGCGAGAAUUUUAAGGCAAACUCUAAAGGAUCAGGCAUUAGCAAUUUAUAUAAACGGGUUAAAAAUGGAUUUACAAACAAUAUUACGAGCUAGGAACCCAGAAACUUUAGAACUGGCAAUGCAAAUGGCUAGGCAGUUGGAAAUCGAAUUUAGUUUUAACAAAGAAUUACAAAAUAACGAAACUAAAGUAAAUCAGAACGGAAAUAAAAAUAAUAACGGAAAUCGUUGGUCAAAUAACUAUCAGGGAAAUAAUCCAGAUGGACAGAAAUUCGGUUAUAAGCAAAAUUAUAAUCGUGGUCAGAAUAUACAAAAUCCGAAUAAUUAUAAUAAUUUUAAUCGUAAUAAUAAUAGUCAAUAUAAUAAUAAUUAUUAUAACAGUAACGUAAAGCCGAUAACUUGUAAUUAUUGCAAUAAGAUAGGACACGGUAGUGUUAGCUGUUAUAGUAAGCAACGGGAUGAACGUAAUGUAAAUCGGACGAGAAAUGGUCAAGUGUCGAACGGGAACGGCGUCCGUUCGAUCAACCAAAUAACGGCCGUAACGGAGGAGUUGUCACUCAACGAUGUUUCACAAUCGUAUCAGUAAUUAGUGAAAAUCAUGUUACAUUACAAUCACCUAAUUUUAAAACAAAUACAAUAGAUCUUCUUUUAGACACCGAUAGUGAAAUCAAUUUAAUAAAAAUAAAUAAAUUAACAGGCGAAACAUUAGUAAACAAAAAAAAGGAAAAAAUAAAUUUAAAAGAUAUUAACGAUAAAAUAGUAACUACCAUAGGCAAAAUUACAAUAAUAUUAAUAUUAAAUAAUAAUAAUAAAAUAAAAACAGAGUUUCAUGUGGUCGAUAAAGAAUUUCCAAUACCGCAAGAUGGAAUUCUAGGUCACCACUUCCUGUUACAGAAUAACGCGAUAAUAGAUGUUGCGAAUAAUAUAUUAACAAUAAAUGAUGACACUCGUCGCUAAUUAAAUAAAAUAAAAUAUGUUUUACAUAUCUUAAACCACGAACGGAAAUGAUAAUAUCCAUACCAAUAGCUGAUCCGAUAAUGAAAAAUAAAAAUAUUUUAAUACAGAAACAAGAAUUAAUACAGGAGCAACGUAUAGAAUUAAAUGUAAUAAAAGAAAGUGAUCUAUAAAAAACGUAAAAUAAAAAAAAAAAAAAGAGAAACGAUAAAAAUUUAAAAGUUUAAAAUAUAUAUAUACACUUAGAUUUAAGAAAACAUACUGUACGAAUAAGUUACUAUUGGGAUAUGGAAAUAAAUUUGAAUUGUGGGGAACUUUAUAGAUUUUGUACUACUAAUAUAUUAUAAUAAGUAAAAAAAAAAAUAUUAUUUGUAUUAAUUAAUUUACCAUAUAAGAAACUAUUGUAAUCAGCACAUUAUACUAACCACAUAUUUUAUUGGAAUUAUCAAAUUAACUAUAAUCACUAUAUUGUACUAUUUACUAACACUAUAUUUUAUUGUAAUCACAAUUAUAAAUUAUAAGAAAACUAACCAACAUAUUUAAAAAUAUUUAAUCCAACCAUAUAAUCAUUAAUUAUAUUAUAAUCAAAAUAUUUAAUCAAACUAUUUAACCAUUUGUAGAUGUAAUCAACCCAUAUUUAAUCAAAAUUAUAUAUACAACAUAUACAUCAUAUAUUCAUAUUAUAUAACGAAAAUACUUUAAAUGUAAAAGCAUACAGAGAAUUGUAAUGUAUGUCUUAUAUCAAUGACUUGUAAUCGAUUAUUGUAAACACUAUAAUAUUGUAAUAAUUUGUAAUUUAACUAUUUUGUACUGAACUUUGAAAGAUUUCUGUCUUUGAGACAUAAACCUUUUUUUUCGUGGGGAGGUGCAACGUGCUCUGAUACUUAUAUUAAAUAUAAAAUAUAUAAAUUACAUUCUGUAGCCGACAAUAACCACAACGCUAGGGGGCAUAACAAACAUCCCCAUAAUUAUGCUAAGGGCGAGUAGUUAAGCAAGUAAUGAUCGAGUAUAGACCAACAAUUUGGGACCUAAAAUGAAAGGUAAAAGAUAACUAAUCAAAGGUAUCAUCACACGUAUGCUUUCUACCCGCUAGAAAUAAUGGCUAUAUGAUUGCUAUUUGGUGAAAUAAGUGGAUGCGUAAUUACCCACCCGGUAGAAUAUACUAGGUGCGUAAUUACCCACCCGGUAGAAUAUUAUAGAUACAUAAUUGACGCACAACAUCGUUCAGAUAACGCAAAGCGUGGGAAGAAGCGGAUGCAGGUGCAGAUGACCAUUAGGGACCAGAAGGUACCGCGGGAGUCCCUGUAUGAUAUAUAAGGGGGCCCAGAUUAGGCACAAUUCAGACGUGAUCCACCAGAGUUAGCGCAAGCACCUUCACGUCACCCAGUUUAAUAUUUUAUGUCUCCUGGACUUAGAAUAUUUUCACAAGUUUUAUUAAAUUAAUUAAUUGGACUUAGAAUAAUUUUAAAUAAAAAACACUUAGAAUAAU